AUGGUGAAAAUAGGCGGCGCGCGAUUGGAGGACGUGUCGCCGUUUUUCCAUCUGCCUAUAGAGGAGGCGGCGCGCGAGCUAGGCGUGUGCUCCAGCGCGCUCAAGCGGCGCUGCCGGCGAUUGGGAAUCAAGCGAUGGCCGUUCCGCAAGGUGCGCAGCAUGAGCAACUCACUAUCGCGUACGAUGGAAGGCAUGUGCAACGUGGGCGCGGGCGGGUUCGUCCCCCCGGAAUACCUCCAACCAGACGCCGCCACGCGUCUCGCAGCGCAGGUGGCCGCGGCAAAUCUAAUUAACCUGGACCAGACGCGCCGCCCGCUACUGCCGCCCAUGAACCGCCCGCUCAUGGGCGCGCGGGGGGCGGCAGGCGCGGCGGCGCCCGCGGCGGCGGGAGACGCGGGGGCGGGCGCGGGGGGGAUGGUUGCGCAGAUGGGGGGAAGCGCGGGAGGAGGUGGCGGAAGCGGAGGGGGGGAUGGAGAUGGGGAUGAGAUUCAGGAGGCGGGAGCAAUCGUGCUUCAUAUGGGUGACUCUCCUGUACUCGCUUGGGAGUCACCCGAUAAGUGUGACGAGCAGAGCCCGUGGGAAGGCGGAGGAGGCGGGAUGGAGGGCGGUUUUCGCGGCGCUGAGUUGGCUAUGCGUGAGGGCACUAUGGGGGAAGGAGGUACGUUGUUUUGGUGUCUCGUUAGGCACCACUCUCAUCGUUUUCCCUGA